AUGGCGAUAUCGAAGAUGAUGAUGGAAAUGGAAGCGUUGAUGUCACACCUGCUGUUGACCGCCAGCUACAAACUGAGGCUACAUAGAGGCGAUUCUCCACUAAACAUUAGCCUCAGAAAUUACGAGAGAAACACGUGCAAGCGCUUCGUUCAGUCUGCAGAUCUCCGGAGCGAGACGCUUGAUGCUUCAGACGACGAUGAGGCAACCGGUUGUGACAGCAGUGACAUCAUUGAGGACAGUAGUGACACGUGCAAUCUCCGGAAGUCGCUGCUCGCCGCGCAUGGCUGCGUCAAGCGUCACGUCCGCUUAAACGAGAAGAUCCACUGCAGCCUCUGUGACAAGGCGAUGUCUCAAUGCUUCUUCAUCAAGCAUAAGCGUCUCCACGACGGCCAUAUUGGUGACGUCUGCCGGGAAGAGUUCUCCACCAUCAGCCGCCUGAAUGAUCACAUGAAUUUCCACCUUGGAGCGACGCCAUUCUCGUGCACCAUAUGCGACCGGAAGUUAUCCAAGAGGUCCUCCCUGACACAACACUACCGCUACCACAGGGACCACGGUAAUUUCAAGUGCGGCUAUUGCUCCAAGAAGUUCAAUAGCAAGUACACAUGCACCGUUCACGAGUGA